CAAAUGCCCGGCCCACCCACCUGAGUGAGGUUGGUUCCCUCCGGUGUGUGUCCCGUCUGUCUGUCUGUCUGUCUGUCUGUCUGUCUGUCUGUCUGUCUGUCUGUCUGUUUGCUGUCGCGCCUACUACUACUAUAGUGGUUCGGGUGGUUCCUCACGCGUUUCUUUCUUCCUCUCCCUUCUCUUCUUUGGUUAGAUCUUCGUUUCCGUCGCCUGGAUAGUUUGGUUGUCUCAUAUCCUCCGUUCUUCAAUGUCUGUUGUUCCCUUAGGCUGCAUGUCGCUAGUGCUUGGUUUCGCAUAAGACUUUCUUCUCCUCUUCGUCAUCGCCGUCGUUCCGCGUCGCUGGUAAUCAUUUGUCUCGUGGUGCUGGGGCAACUUGACCUUACCUCCAGGUAAAAAGGCCAAUCUUUCGAAAUGGCUCCCAAUGUGGAAUCCCCCAGCAUCUUCGAUGACGCUACCCGGAGUCCAUCCAAGCCCUCGGGUCUUCGAGCAUUCUUGUCCCCAAAAUCUCACAAACGGAACUCCUCUGCGGAUGAUGCCUUCCCCUCCAAGACGGUUCAUCGCAGCCAGCCGUCCGACGGCUCUAGUACAUCCCCGGGAGAUGGAGCCGAUGCAUCGCUCACCCAACAACCACUCACAGAAAUUGCCCCGAACCGGGACUCCGCAGACAGUGGCUCGGGCCAGAGAUCGCCGGGGAAGCAAGGGAAGAACACACUGCACAAAAAGACAAAGAGUGCGGUCUCUCUAAAGUCCCUCAAGAGCUAUAUGGAACGCAAAGACUCCAAACCAGAGGAGGCUCCAGACGUCGACGCGGAAAACCUAAGGCCGAAGAAGGCGAAAUCGGCCAACAGCUUAUCGGCGAUCUUGAGGAGAUCACAGCGCGGGAACAAGACGGAGGAUUCAAAGAACGCGAAGGACAAGGAGAAUCGAAGCCCGUCGGAUCUAGUCAACGGCAUGCCCUCCCCCCCCUGGGAUCAGUUUGCGCCUCCCCCGAACUUCAACCAUGCCGGACCUUCUCCGUCUCAGAACAUGCGUAGAACAAUGCAAGAGGAAACAUCUCCAUGUACACCCAGAGCAUACGGACCGACACACCAGCGUAGUUUCUGGGACUACGAUCAACAACCAUCUCUCACCCCCCGCACAUUACGAGCCGAACCAAAGCCGCGUCCAAAAUCAGACUAUCUUGCUGGAAGCCGCAGAGUGAAGGAAGUCCUAGCCCCCUUACACAUUAUGUCCUCAGACAAGACGGUCGCGGCUGACGCGCCAGUGGCUUCUUCAAACAAGCUGUUUGGAAGACCUCGAGCAUUAUCACGCCCAGAAAAAGGCGAGAAGGCUGAUGGGGCGCGAGAGCAAAGCGCCAAGGUCUCCCGCGUCCAGGCCGCUAUUUCCGCGCUGAAUGCUAAGGAACAGGAGGCCGAACUGCGGAAACGUCUUAAUCCCAAGGAACUUGACUCCGAAUUCGAGAAACUACUAGAUGCGCGAAACAUCCCCCACAACAUGAGAGACAAGAUGCGAUCACUUGAUACCAAUAUCAAGGCUGAUUUCAUCUUGAAAGAUCGAACCGAGAACACGACGCCACACAGUGCCAGCGGCAAUGGGAACGAUAGUACCGGCCGUCGCGGACGCAGGAAAGAACCCAAGGAAGAGCGACAGAACUACGAUAGCAAAGGGUCACGAUCUCGAUCUCGGAGUCGUGGAUUCACCUUUUCUAAGGGUAGUUCGUCACCCAAGAAGCGCCCGGACAGCGGCAGCUUCUAUCGACGCCCCAAAUCCGUUGACUACUCCUUGCCCACGGGCUUCUCUAAAAUUCUCACACCUAACGCUUCUACCACUUCGCUAUCCGCGACGGCACGCGACACAGCAACCGACCCUUCAGACUUUGUCCACUAUUUGAGGGAAAUUCAGAAGCCUGAAAUGGUGGAGAUCGGAAAAGUGCACAAGCUUCGAAUCUUAUUGCGGAAUGAAACUGUCAGCUGGGUUGACACAUUUAUCGCAGAUGGUGGUAUGGACGAGAUAGUCCAGUUACUUUAUCGCAUCAUGAAAGUUGAAUGGAGAGAGGAACAUGAGGACAACUUGCUUCACGAGACUCUGCUAUGUCUCAAGGCUCUUUGCACUACCUCUGUCGCUCUCGAGCAUCUCUCCCAGAUUGAAGGAGAAGUGUUUCCAGCUUUGCUCAAGAUGCUGUUUGGGGAGGAUAAGAAAGGACCCAGUGAAUUUACCACCCGUGGCAUCAUCAUCAACUUGAUCUUCACCCAGCUUUCAGCCGUCUCUUCGGAUGAGAUGGCAGCGAACCGUGCCUUGCAGAUUCUAUCAUACAUGCGCGACCCUUCGCCGCCCGAAGAAAACCAGCCGCUGACGUUCAUCGCGAACAUUUACCAGUCACGUCCUUACCGGGUUUGGUGUAAGGAAGUGACUAAUGUGACUAAAGAGGUUUUCUGGAUUUUCCUACAUCAUUUGAAUGUGAUUCCGACCCCGAAGGAUGAAACACCUUCUUCAGCAACAUACCGAGAGCGUCAUUUCCCAGUCCCUCGGCCUCCGGUGCCUGCUGCUCCGUAUGUUGGCGGCGUCGAGUGGGAUGCUACCAAUUACUUGGCAGCUCACCUGGACCUUUUGAAUGGAAUCGUGGCAUGUUUGCCAACUAGAGAAGAGCGCAACAGCUUGCGUGCUGAGCUGCGGGCUUCUGGAUUUGAAAAGGUCAUGGGCGGUACACUGAGAACCUGUAAGGAGAAGUUCUAUUCCUCCGUGCACGACUGCCUGCGUACAUGGGUUGCCGCGGCUAUCGACGAUGAGUGGCCACACCUGGCUGUUCGCGAAGGCCCUCCUCGCCCGGAGAUUCGGUCGCCUUCCAAGUCCCCUGUCAAGGCAGCAGCAGGUGGGAGUCCUAAGAAGGGCCUGCUGGACGAACAGCCGCCCAAGCUUGAACUGGCGCUGGACGUUUCUGUCAGUGCCGGAGCACCCCAGAGUAAUGACAUCGGCAACUGGUUGUAGAAGGUACCAUGAUCCGAUUGUUGUUCGGAGGCCCACUCUGACCAGUCACGGCACCUUUACUCAGACACCUCAACCCUAACACGGCCUAUUCAUGCAAUGCUUGCCGGAAGGUUCUGCAUUGCUUUGGUUUGAUUAUCUUUCUUGUCCCAUUUUUGUGUCUGACGAUUUCGGAGUAUGUGGUAUUGGAAGGCGUUGGCAUUUUCGACGGUGUUUAUGGGUGCAUUUGCCCGUUCCAUGACGGCUACGGCGAAAUGAAUUGACGACGGCAACAGGGCCACAGACCUGACUGGGAAAUCAUUUUACAUUCUUUUUAUUAUUGUUGUUUUAUGCCGGCAUAGUCAGGCAGAUCAUUCGCUUCCACCUGUUUGGACCAACGCGCUCUAGCUUAGCACCUGUUUUCCGCGACCAACAGUCUAGUACUUGGUCUUCUUGGAUGUCUUUAUUC